CCGCCUCCUACUCGGUCACCACGUGCUCGCUUCCCGGCCUUCAGUGUUCGAAGCCGCUUCAUCCUGAACGGAUCGGCUCUUCGGUCCCUCGCUGGAAUUUUCGUUUGUAGGAAAAAGAAAAAGAGAAGAAAACUCAUUUACGUUUGGAAACUUUGAGCUUCUAAACAUACCUGGAUAUCAAAGCAAGAAAAAAUCGCGAACCUAUAACAUCGCCAUAGAGUAUACCACUAGAACAAAAUGGCGACCGCUGGAUAUAAUGAGAUCCCUGGUGUGUACAGUGAACAACCACGUACAAUGGCAAGCAUCCGGCGCACUAUAAGGAGCUACCGGUAUUGUCUAGGAGCUACAGCCCUAACUGCAGUCGUGGUCACUCUGGCGAGCGUGAUCUCCGUCCUGAUAGGCCAGAGCAUCAGGGCGUCGGAAGGAGAAGGCACGGACGUCGCGAAAGCUAAUCAGAGCCUCGUUAUCCUUAUGGCUUUGCCUUGGCCGCGCAGAGACAGUCCCUGGUACGUCCGCCGUUGGGAGCGCAGCCAGACGAGGACCCCCGAUGACCCCAACAAGAGGAAAUUCGACCCCAAUGACCCCACUGACCCGGAUGACCCCGACGCCCCGGAAUGGACUGCUCCGGACAUGUCGACCUUCGGGAAUGAGGACACCUGGAAUUGGAAUCGAAGGCCGUCGGAAUUGCCGCCCUGGACGCCGGUGGAUGUGAGCGACUCCUUAGCAACGGGUUCCUCACGUCAAGCCGAGGCCGCCAAAAUAGAGGAGGAGUUGGCCAAACGCAACCUCACCCUGGCCCACGGCUCUGCCUCCUACAAGCACCAGCAAGCCUUCAGGAAAACGCAUCCCCUGGCGACGAAAAUGGCGAAGCAGGGCUACCUUAUGGACGAAGCCACAGCUGCUUUUAAGUCGAGGCUCAACAUGACCCGAGAAACAACAACAUUCGACUCGCAGUGGGUUGGCGACCUGUCCGGGUCUCCUUACUGCGACCAGACCCUGCUACGCCCCAGCCCUCCCCCCUGCGACGCGGCCUACCCGUACAGGUCAGCCGACGGGACCUGCAACAACCUGAAGAAUCCUACGUGGGGAGCGGCUUUCACGCAGUUCCGACGCGCAAUGCCGCCGGAUUACGGGGACGGCGUCUCAUCUCUCCGCCUCGCUCGCGACGGCACUGACCUCCCCAGCGCGCGCCUCAUCACCAACAUCGUCCACAGUAAUAAGCUGGUCGAGUCUCGCUCCUACACCGUCCUCACCAUGAGUUGGGGGCAGUUCGUCGAUCACGACAUCACGGCCACUGCGCUGUCCAAAGGCUCCAACAACAGCGCCAUUCCCUGCUGCUCCGUCGAAGUCCUCGAGGAACCUUCCCUCCUCCACCCGCAGUGCGCGUCGAUCCCCGUGCCGGCCGACGACCACUUCUAUGCCGCCCACAACCUCACCUGUAUGGAAUUCACGCGCUCCGCCCCCUCGUCCAGGUGUAAUUUUGGCCCAAGGGAACAGAUCAACCAACAGACAGCUUUCCUGGACGGUUCUGUGAUUUACGGAACGUCAGACGAACAGCUCACUUCGCUCAGGAUACACAAGGACGGUCUAUUGGAUUCGCAGGUGACUCUAGAUGGGCGUGAACUCCUCCCGGCAUCCAAAGACCCCGACGACGGGUGUAAUGUUGAGGAUCAGAUCAAAUACGAUCGCUAUUGUUUCAAGUCCGGCGACGCACGCGCAAACGAGCAGAUCCUCCUGACGACUCUGCACACGGUCUGGGCUCGACAACACAACCUGAUCGCGCUCUCCCUCAAGGACUUAAAUCCGGAUUGGGAUGACGAGAGGCUGUUCCAGGAAUCCAGGCGGGUCGUGGUGGCGCAGAUUCAGCAUAUCACGUAUCAUGAGUAUGUUCCGAGUAUAUUAGGACCCAGAUUUAUGAAGAAGUUAGAGCUCAGUCCUCAGAAGGAAGGGAACCACACAAGUGUCUACGAUAGCAAGAUACACCCGGCCAUUGCUAACGAAUUCGCUGCCGCUGCUUUUCGCUUCGGACACAGCCAGAUACAGGGUCUCAUACAGAAGGUCGACGGCCCAAACAAGAACGUGGAGGUCAUACAACUGAAGAGCUUCUACUUCAACCCUUUCUCGCUCUAUGACCAAGGCACGAUGGCGCAGCUGGUCAGGGGAGAGGCGUCUCAGAGCGCUGCGGCUGUGGAUACCUAUUUCACUUCUCAAGUAUCCGGCAAGCUGUUCCAAGGAAGCAAUCCUUACGGCUUAGAUCUGGUGUCUGUGAAUAUACAACGAGGUCGUGAUCACGGCGUGGCAAGCUACACGAAGUGGAGAAUGUACUGUGGUCUCCCUGCUGUGGGGAACUUCAGCGAUCUGGCGCAAGACAUGGAUGCAGGGGCCCUAGAUAGUAUCAAGAAAGUGUACAAGCAUGUUGACGACAUCGAUUUCUACACGGGAGGCUUGGCAGAGCGGCCGAUCCAGGACGGGCUUGUGGGGCCGACCUUCGCCUGCGUGAUUGCUGAUCAGUUCCUCAGGCUGAAGAAAGGAGACCGCUUCUGGUACGAGAGCAACGAGAAACCGGUGGCUUUUAGUGGAGCACAACUUAGCGAACUCCACAAGACCAGCCUGGCGCGCAUCCUGUGUGACACCGUACCUGAAUUAGGCUCCAUUCAACGCUGGCCACUCAGGAACUACGCCACAGGGAACCCACGCCUGCCAUGUUCUUCGCAGUCGAUCCCCAGGGUGGACCUCGGGGCAUGGGAAGAGGGCGACCUGUACAAGAUCGAGUUGUUCAAGAUGGACUACACGCCAAGAGGAUCGGCUGGACAGAGAUAGGAGCUGGAUUCUGUUCAUUUGUUUCGUUUUUUUAGGAGAAUGGCAUUUGAUUCUAUACAUUUAUUUUACUUUUAUGUUUGUUUUUAUAGAGAAUAGGGAUUCGAUUCUGUUAAUUUAGUUUACUUUUUAUUAUUUUUUUUUUUUUUAGAAGAAUUCGAUUCUAUUCAUUUAUUUCACUUUUUGUUAGUAUCUUACUAUUUUUAUUUUUACUUUAAGAUUGUGUGUAAAUACGUCUUCUUCCUAGUUGCUGUGAAUCUCAAUCUGCUGAAUGCAUUAUAGUGGUGUGGAUGUUCGAGAUCAUUUUUUAAAAAAUCAUUAUUGUUGUAAUUUCGUUUUUUGAUUGUUCAUUCUGUUCAUCAGCUGUUCUGUAGAAGCAAAGGGAACAUUCAUUUCCUUUGACUUUUCAUGUACGUUUAUAGAUAGUCUUUGAAUGAUCCUUAAUGUUGCUUAGUUUUUUGUACUUCAAAAAAGAAAAGAAAAAUGUAAAAAAAGUGAUCUUAUGCAACCUUAACAGUCUCAUACCAAAGAUAUGAUUUCUUUUUAAAUACAUGGUUACUUUUUUUCUCUCUCCUUAUAUAUUGUUAAAAUAAGAUCAAGUUACUUCCUAGUGAUAUAACUUUAUAUGAAGAAAGACAUUUUGGUAAGAGUAUGUGUAUGUCUGUACGUAUAUAUGUAUGUUUAUACGUAUGUAUAUGCAUAUGUGAUAUGUGUGUGUGUGUGGGCAUAUGCGUAUAUGUAUG